UACUAACAACAGCCACUCAGCGCCAGCAGCACGUCUCACUAGGAUUGCACAAUAAACACAGGGUGCUUCGCCUGCGAGUUUAUAGAUUUUUUCUCUAACCGGUUCCGUUUGCCAGCUGCCCCUCAUUGACGGAUCGGGAGGAGAAUCAGCAUUGGGAAAUUGCAACAGAAACGGCGAUCCAAACAACAUGGCCCCCUCGGCUCGGCCCAGCAAGAACGGACUUGGCAUGGAUGAGGAUGAGUCCUACUACGGGAUUCAGAAAGGGGACAGAAAGACUAGAAAGCCUCUGGUGGAAAAGAAGAGGCGUGCUCGCAUCAACGAGAGUUUGCAGGAGCUGCGGACUCUGCUCGCGGACACAGACUUUCACUCCAAGAUGGAGAACGCAGAGGUGCUGGAGAUGACAGUGAAAAAAGUGGAGGACAUCCUGAGGAACCGAACCCAAGAAACUGAUGCACUGAACCGAGAAGCAAGUGAAAGAUUUGCAGCAGGCUACAUCCAGUGCAUGCACGAGGUCCAUAUGUUUGUGUCCAACUGUCCCGGGAUAGAUGCGACAGUGGCGGCAGAGCUCCUUAACCAUCUGCUGGAGUGUAUGCCCCUGAAUGAGGAUCACUUUCAAGACGUGCUGAUGGAUCUAAUCAUGGACACUUCCAGCAACAAUGGCAGCACUUGGCACGGAGGCGGUGAGGCGCUCUGCAACACUCUGGCCUCACCUGGAGGAAGGAGUCUAUCUAGCGGAUCAUCCUCGGCUCUUUCUCCAGCCCCGUCCACCACGUCCAGUGAGGACCUGUGCUCAGACCUGGAUGAGACCGACAGUGAGCACAACCAAAGCUCCACUGAGGGUUUGGAAAACCGCGAAGUCCAGAGUGUGCCCACUAUCACCUACCCACAGUCCAUGUGGAGGCCCUGGUAGGGGCUUGGAGUUUGGCUGGGAUCUAACAGGGAGCAGGGUGCCGCUAGAAAUGGUGGGAACCCUGAAGAGAUGUCACACUGGGUCUCCUAUUUAAAGGGAAAGCUCACCCUAAAACACUUUUACACUGUUAAAUCUGCUAUUGGUGAUGUGCUUUACAUUCCUGGGACCAUUUUGUUGUUCACCGUUGUAUUUGUCUUGCUCCCUGCCAACCAUGGAUGAUGUGUCAGUCAUGUUGAAAUAUUUCCAGUGGAGCCACAUUUGAUAGGAGAAAUUGUUUUAGUAAUCUUAAACGUCGCUGGUUUUGGUGUCAGUCCCUCAUAAUCAAAGAGUAAAGAUUUCCUGCUAGAUACACCAUUUAGCACUGAUGUUCAGCAAUCAGCCAGAUAGAGAUUAACUGUAGAACUUCUCAGUUUAAAAACAGCCACUCUGUCAUCACAAUUACCAUUGGUUUCACUAUCACCCUCUCAACCUACAUUUAUAACUUACAACUGAACAAGUUUAUUGUCAUUUGAUGGGGGUUGUUGAAAGGCAUUUUGGGAAACGUAGGAAAUCACUAACUAAAGUAGAAGAAGACGAGGCAGGUUGAGCGUAAGU